CAUUCAUUUGCAUUAAAGCUGCCCAAGCAUCGCGCCUGCCAAUACCUAGACGCCCAGCGCUAGCCCGACGGUUUCGAGGCUGCCCGCGAUCCAGUAGAUGGGCUGCUGACAACACCAGCCAGAGAACCACCCAGAAGAGGGGCUGCCGACAACACUAGCUGCCCCGAACCAGUGAGGGCAGCACAGGCAAAAUGGACGACGAGCCCCCGCGGCACAGCCCGAGCAGAGACGACGAGGCCGCCGUCCAGCGCCUGCUCGAAAAGGUGCUCACGGAAACGCUGUUGUACCGACCCGAGCGGCCGCUCGAAUUUGUUGUGCAGUACCUCGACGAGCUUUGUGGGAGUACGACAGAAACGACGAAGGCCUUCCGGAGGCUCGUGGCGGCACAAAGGUCGCCGGACCAGUUUCUGGACGAAUGCGCGAGUGUCUACGCGGCGAUGGCCGCUAGCUGUGUGGAAAUCAACCAGUGCGUCGGGUGCACCCGAUAAUUCUUCAUUAAGUCAUUUCUCGGCGAUGAAUUGACUAUAGCUGUUUCCCCAUUUCUCGGCGAUGACGUGGCCGCGCUGGCUCCGUCGAGCGGUGAGGAACCGGCAUCGCCACGCCAUCGAGCAGGCGCCGCGUCGAUGGCGUGGAGAUCGACGCGGCGAUUCAGGACGAACACGCCGUAAAUUUGAUUUCCACACAGGCCGCUACUUCUCUGCAAUCACCGUACUGCGGCCGCGACGAUUGCGCGCGCUUGGCGAAGGCGUGCGCCGUCGACAUGCCCGAGCACAUCUCCGACAUGCUCGUCGAGCGCAUUUCUGAAAGUUGUGGUGUUAUUGUUGAUUUCGAGCAGUUCUCGGCCAUCGCGCGCGUCUGCGUCGAUUGUAGGGGAGUGACGCGGGAUUGUAGGGACGCGUGGCACUUAUUGGAGCCGGGGCGGCCCGACGCGGUCGUCGAGAGAGAGGAUCUGUUGAGGAUCGCUCCCCAAUUGGCUCUACCGAACCGGAGCUCCUUCAGUCUCGAGGACGUCCUCGAGGCCGUCGUGGAAACAGUGGAAAUCGAUACGACCCCCGGAGAAGACGUCGGGACCUACGACUCCUUCCUUAGGAAAAGUGUAACUUAG